GAAUUCCGAUUCACACCUGUCCCUAUAUUUUUAAAUAAUGCUCGAUUCUUCAUCAAGUGAAGAAGAGGAAGGUGUAAGUGGAUUUACAAAUUAUGGAAAUAAAUCCACUGUGUCAAAUGUUGCUGCUUGUAGUAAAGUUCCAGUUCAGUCAAGUGUAGCUCUUACAACUAGUCGGGUACCAGCAGAUAACGUCGGGGGAAGACAACGAGGUGUGCAGCCUAGGUCUUUGCGUACUACUUCUAAUGAUGUUAGCACUACAUAUGGACGCCAAAACUCAGUUUCUUCCCAUCAGAUUGAUAGUACCGAUCGUAGUCAUUCCCCACAUUCUAAACAACGUUAUAUGUUAGGAUCAAAAGGUCAAGUAAUUUCUAGUCAACAAGGCCGACCAUCUCGUCAAUGGACAAAUGAAACAUUUUCACGCAGUGGUUACAGUCAAGAGUCUCAACAUCAAACUUACAGCAGCAUGCAAGAAGAUGAUGAAAUAUCUAUGUCCUCUAUGAGUUUAAACACUCAUUCGCCACAACAGCAAUCACAAUCAAAGUUUUUGAAACAUAGUACUAUGGAACGAUAUGGUCGUGAAACACAUGGGAGUAGUUCCUACAGUGUGAAUAGUACAAAUAGUGCUCCUAAUGCAGAAUCUACAGAAUCUCAUCAAGAGAAGCACCAAAGUCGAAAUCCAUCAUUAGUAUCACAGAGUCAAGAUUUAGGCACUGUGAUUAAUCAACCUGUUGUUAUUCUAAGAGAUCCAGCAGCGUUAGAACAAGAAAAGCUUGAACGUGAAGAACAAGAAAGACGUAAAGCUCUACAAUUGUAAGUAUCUGUUCAAUUGUAACUUACUGAAAAGAAAAACAAUGAUGUUUAUAUAUACAGAUGUGGAUCAAAAAGAAGUUUUCAUCUCUGUCGUGUCGUACCUUCUGUUGUGGUAAAUCGGUGUUGUAUGAUUAUAUUUUUUUCUAUGGUAUUUUUAACCUUUCAAAUGUUUGGUUUUUUUAAAUAUGUCAGUUAUACUUUAUAUAUCUAGUAUCUCUUUUGAAAUCGUAAACCCAUAGUUGAACCCUUUAUAUGCUUUUGACGGGUACAAAAAGAGGACAAAUCACGUCUACUGGAUUUCAUCACGUUACAUUUCAUAUAUAAUAUUCUAAUCGUAUCAAAAGUACUAAGUCGUGAAUGACAAUUUGUUUAGAUAUCCUACUUGAUCGCUAAAAAUAGAUAUACAAGCUGGAUUCGUGUAUGACUUACAAAUCACCGCGCAUACAUCACAAAAUAAUAUGGCAAAAUAAAUAAACUUAAUCAAAGUGAACAUUACCCAUAUGUUGUUUUAUAUAUAAUGAACAUUAUGACUAUUAUCAAUUAUCCUUUUUAAAUCAUAUUCUACUAACCACAACAUGAAUUUAUUUACUUAUAUUAGCUC